ACAAGUCUUACGUUGUUAUGUAUUUUGUUUAACUAAAAAAAAGUUUAAAACUAGACGAACAUCAAAUUUACCUAUUCCUAUAUAGACUGAGUGCAUUCAAAUACCUAUCACUUAACUCAUUUUAUAUUACAAAACGUGUAGACAAGACUCAUUUAAAAAAAAAAAGUACCAAAGCCAGAGAAUUGGCAGCAUACUGGCUAGCAAGUUAAAGUAUAGCAUCGACACCAUAACAAGUUUUUAAUUCAUUUUUUUUUGCACAACUUUGGUUAAAGUUAUUUACUCAAAUAAAAACAAAAAAAAAACGGCGACUUGAAAACAAUUAGCCAGGUGAGUUCAGUUACAGACUGGAUUCAAUCGACUUAACAUGCGCUUACCACUUAGCAUUCAGUGAACCUAAAAUAAAUUAUUUAUUUUCGAAUGCAAAACAAAGUUUAAUAUUAAAACCAGUGUUUUUGCGACUGUGAAUAAGUUAAAAAAAAAUCAAUUAUAAAUAAACAACAAGUUCAGACAUUUAACUCAAAAACAAACUAUCAACAAUCGACGCAUAAAUGAUGGGCAACUCUAGUUCAAUGUGUAAGGACAAGAAAUCGGUGCAAAAUCGGGGAGAUGAUGGUGACCAUACUACAUCCCCAUCGGCAAAUGGCUCAUACUCGCACAGUGCCAAUUUGAAUGGUUUAGACCGCCAUCAGCGCCACCGCAACAGCCAACACAUUAUCUAUCCACCUCAACAUCAGCUUUCUGCCAAUGGAAAUGGAAAUGGCAAAAUGAAUUCCAUUCCAAAUCCAAAUCAGCUGCUGCAACAACAACAACAACAUGAACAACAAAUUUAUAAAACAACAAUUCCGGUGAACAACCACCAAUGUCAAAAUCAAAAUUGUUCCAAUAUUCAAAUGAAUCAAUCAGCUGUUUGUGGCGGCGGCGGCGGUAUAUCAGCCGGCACCAACAUACCGAGUCAUGACGUCACAAACGGAGGAAUCCCCUCUCAAGCGUCACAUUGUUGUUGCCAUUACAACAAUAAUGUCCAUUAUAUGCGCAACUCUGGCACCACUCCUUGCCCCUGCCAUCCAAAUGACAGCGACAAAAGGUUUGUAUGCCCUACAAAUACCAUGACAGAAACACACCACGAACAUCAUACGACCCUGGUUGGAUGUGUCGCUGGCGGUACUAUUUCUACUGGUGGCGGCGAGCUAACAGACGGUGUGGCAAAACUUUGCAAAUUUAGUUCGAAUCGAAACACUCAGUUGCCGACGUCGUUUUAUUCGUAUUCUCCUACUGCUGCUGCUCUAGUGGACGGAACUAGAACUACAAAUAAUAAUAAUAAUUCAAAUUUUUAUUAUCAAAAUAGUCAUCGUGCUUAUAGCAGUUAUAUAGACCAAUUACGAGGUUUUUCAUCGUCGACAAGUGACACAGAAAAAGAAGAACUUAAGACAAAAAAAAUGUCCGCAGGAAAUAAUCGUGACAGAUUGGGUUUUUGGGGUACCGAUGGUGAUAGCGAUGUUACCGGAAGUUUAUCAGGAUUGGAUCGUCUGCAGAAGAAGCGAUACAAUAAGGGCCUUGGAUUUACACUUGAAGAACGACAAUUGAUGGGCAUUCAAGGUCUAUUACCAGCUGUUGUAAAAACUCUAGAUGAACAAGUCAAACAUGCUCUCAUUCUGCUAGAUCGUUUGGAAAAUGAUUUAGACAAAUACAUCUAUUUGAAUGGUCUUGCCGAUCGUAAUGAACGUUUAUUCUAUAAUGUCUUGGCUGCUGAUAUUGGCAAGAUGAUGCCAAUUGUUUAUACCCCAGUUGUUGGUUUGGGAUGUCAGAAAUUUAGUUUAGUAUUCCAAAAUCCUAAAGGAAUGUACAUAACUAUCAAGGAUAAAGGUCAUGUUUACCAGGUUUUGAAGAACUGGCCAGAAACUGAUGUUCGAGCUAUUGUUGUGACAGAUGGAGAGCGUAUCCUUGGCUUAGGUGAUCUCGGUGCUAAUGGAAUGGGUAUUCCAUGCGGAAAAUUAUCCCUCUAUACAGCUUUAGCUGGUAUUCCACCACACCAAUGUCUUCCCAUAACAUUGGAUGUGGGAACCAAUACCCAAUCGAUUUUGGAUGACCCACUUUACAUUGGACUUCGUCAGAAGCGUGUAACUGGUCCGGAAUAUGAUGAAUUCUUGGAGGAAUUCAUGCAAGCUGUAGUUCGACGUUAUGGUCAAAACUGCCUGGUGCAGUUUGAGGACUUUGGUAACGCUAACGCAUUCCGUCUUUUGUCCCGUUAUCGUGACACUAAUUGUGUCUUCAAUGAUGACAUCCAGGGAACCGCUUCGGUUGCCUUGGCUGGUCUUCUAGCUUCGUUAAAGAUUAAAAACACCAGUCUUAAGGAGAAUACAAUUCUCUUCCAAGGAGCUGGUGAAGCUGCUUUGGGAAUUGCAAAUCUUUGCGUUAUGGCCAUGCAACAGGAAGGUCUUAGUGAAGAAGAAGCUAAGAGGCAUGUGUGGCUGGUUGACAGCAAGGGUUUAAUUGUCAAAGAUCGCCCAAGUGGUGGUCUGAGCGAGCACAAGUUACACUUUGCUCAUGAACACGAACCAGUUGAAACUUUGGCCGAGGCAGUAAAUGUCAUCAAGCCAAAUAUAUUGAUUGGAGCUGCCGCAAUUGGAGGAGCAUUUACACCAGCCAUUUUAGAAAAAAUGGCCGAACUUAACGAAACUCCAAUCAUUUUCGCUCUCUCAAAUCCCACCAUUAAAGCUGAAUGCACUGCCAUCCAAGCUUACACACACACAAAGGGUAAAUGUAUUUUUGCCUCAGGAUCACCAUUCGACCCGGUCGAAUACAAUGGCAAGACAUUCUAUCCUGGCCAAGGUAAUAACUCGUAUAUUUUCCCGGGAGUUGCUUUGGGAGUUAUUUGUGCUGGUAUGUUGACCAUUCCGGAAGAGGUAUUCCUUAUUUCUGCUGAGAAAUUGGCUGAUAUUUGUUCAGCAGAAGAUUUAGCUAAGGGCAGUCUUUAUCCACCAUUGUCUGCUAUUACUCAAUGUUCCAUUCAAAUAGCUGUUAAGGUUAUGGAUUAUGCUUAUAAAAAUGGUCUUGCAACAGUUAGGCCAGAGCCUCAAGACAAGGAAGCAUUCAUUAAGUCCCAAAUGUAUGAACUUAAUUACCCACCUGCAGUUCCCGAAGUAUACCAAUGGAGUAAUAAGCUGUAAAAAGUAUUUUAUGAGUGACUAAAAAUUUUGUCUAAAAUUAUUAUAUUAUCAUUCACUCGCGCACCAUCAUUUAUCAUUUAAUUUAACCAAAAAAAUAUAUUAAAUUGAGGAAGGGGAAAAAUAUAAUUUGUUUAAAAUAAUAGAAAAAAAAA